CGUGGUCAAUUUUUAACUCCUCUCUCCGAAUUUCUCUCCUCUAGCCCUCCCGAGCCCUUUCUCCUCUUCUCCUUCAGUUUUGAAAUAUAUGAGCAUGUCAAGGGGUAGCAGUAAUUCUCUUGUUUCUGCCUUUAGUCUUAUACCUGUGAAAGAAAACAUCAUUGAUCAUGCCACAAGAGAUAAACAGGUUGAAUGUGUCUGUGUGUGGCAAGAGAGCCUGUAUAUUGGAACGACUGAUGGGUUAGUGAUGUAUAUUGGUCUAGUGGAGACACUGUCACCACUUGGCAAGAAAAUAUAUCAGUCAAAAGUGAAAGGAAAGAAGCAGCUUGACCCAGAUAGAAAAAAGACAGUCCAGCAGUUGACAGUCAUUCCUAAUGCUAACAGAUUACUGGCCCUAUUAGAUGGUACGUUCUAUUUACUUGACAUGAGGAGAUUAGAAGUCAUUGAUGCCAGAGACAGACUAACAAAAGUCUCAUGCUAUUGUGUGGAUGAUGCUAAAUUGAGUCAAAUGUCAACUGAAUGCAACUUGGUUGUAGCUCAGCAGAAAAAGAAAAGCCUUUUACUGUACACGAUUACAUCUGGAGAUAGGUUUGUUGCUGGGACCACCAUAGAUCUAUCCGAUCAACCUGUUGCCUUGGCUCGUGAUGGAGACUAUCUGUGUGUAGCUGUCAAUAGCAGUCAGCACUUUGACGCUGGAAGAUAUUUACUGAUCAAUUUGAAUAAUACAUCAACAAUUGUAGAUUUACCAACGUUUGGCAUGGACACCAGCCCUAUUGUUAAGAAGAUGGCUAAAGAUGAGUUUUUAAUUAAUACAGGAGAUAUUGGAGUCAUUGUGUCUAUUGAAGGAAUAUCCAAUAGGCCUCCGCUUGAGUGGCGUUCACGUACCCCAGUAGCAGCUGCUUACGCAUUCCCUUAUGUAGUGACCUGGUGCAAGGAAACUCACGGGCUCCAUGUGUAUAGUUUAAUAGAUCAGCAAUGUAAACAAGACAUACAGCAAAUGAAUAUUAAAAGCAUUGCUCAGUUUUAUGGUAAAAUAUACAUUGUUACAACUACUGGAGUGUAUCUACUAGCACCAGUACCUCUAAAGGACCAGGUUGAAGAUCUUUUGAAGAAAGGUUGUGUUGAAGAAGCUAUACUGCUUGCUGAGACUAUUGCAGCUGUUGAAGAGAGUAAAAAUCCCACCAAAGCUGAUGAAUACGUAUCUGAUGUCAAGCAACAAGCUGCUUUCAUUUAUUUUAGCCAGGGACAGUUUUCAAAAACAAAGACAUUGCUUUUAGAGGGAAACAUUGAUCCAAGAGAGACUAUUUGCAAGUUUGAGGGUUUAUUACCAAAAAGUUCAACUUAUACUCCAGCUAUUGAAAUACCAUCUGCUCAAGAGCUAGCUGAUUCAAAAAUUAUAAGCCUGAAGGAAGCCAAGAAGUUUUUAAUAUCAUAUUUGAAAGAGAUAAGAGUCACAGCAGUUGCCGUUGGGAGAAAAGAAGAAGUAGAUACAGUGCUGGUGAAGCUAUUGGCUGAGGAGAAUUCAUCGUCACUUCCACGAUACAUGGAGAACUAUGAUCUUUUCAUAGAGUUUGAGGAAGCCAGAGAAGCCUUUGAGAAAUACCAGUGCUACUAUGCAUUAGGGCUGUGCCAUUUCUUUAAUGGCAACAGUGAUGCUGCACUGAACAUUUGGACUAGAAUAGUUGAUAAGAAACUAUUGGACAGUACCUUCCCUGGCAUUGACUAUGUGGUCAAGUUCUUAACACAACACGCUAGUAAUGAUAUGGUGUUGAAAUAUGCCAAGUGGGUGCUAGACAGAGACGAGCUGAAAGGUGCCAGCAUAUUCAUAGAGAGAGGGAAACUGACUGAGGGCAAAGUGGAACUGGAAGAAAGUGUCAUCAUGGAGAAGCUCUCGCCUUAUGUACUGGCAUCAGUGACUUAUCUGGAGUUUGUCAUUAAUGAGAAAAAUUCAACGCUAGAGACAUUCCAUACUCGUCUUGCUAUGCUUUAUCUUGAUAGAGUCUUUGAGUUGAAAAAAGGGACAAACAGCUCCAAGUUGAACAAAGAGAGGAAAAAGCUACAGACAUUUUUAGAGGACUCUUCUCAUUAUCGUGCAUCAGUUUUACUGAACAGAGUUCAAGACACUGACCUCUACUCUGAGUGUGCCAUUCUCUACGGAAGAAUGGAUGAGCAUGAUAAAGCUCUCAACCUCUUAGCUUACAAGCUACAAGAUUAUGACGGAGCUGAGAGAUACUGCUCCAUCUAUUCAAAGGGAUGCAACAGGCAAACACGUCAGAGAAUAUAUCAAGCGCUACUUACUGCAUAUCUUAGACCAAAUGACAGCUCCAAAAGCCCUGUUAUCAAGCAAGCACUAAAACUACUUAACACUCAUGGAGGAGAGUUUGAUGCUGCUAAGGUCCUAGAGCUGUUGCCAUCACAGUGGGAGAUCAGUACUGUUGAGGAUUUCUUAGUCCGGAGUAUACGAAGCACUACCAAUGCAUCACGCUCUUGCAAAAUUGAGCAGAAUUUGGCAAAGGCAGAAAAUUUAGAAACAAGGUACGAGUUAAUAAAGAUUCAAGACGGCCCGGUUAAAAUCACAGAGAGAAGAGUAUGUCCUGUUUGUCAGUCUCCAUUCAUUGAGCCGUCGGCUUUUGUGAGGUAUCCGAAUGGAAUCGUCACACACAUUAAGUGCGGCCGUAACAAGAACAUAUGUCCCAUCACUGGUACCUGGUUUUCAGAAUAGCGCUAUUAUUGUUGUUGUUGUUGUUGUUGUCUCUUUUUAUAUUGUUAUAAUUAUACUUAUAAUGAAUUGAUGCUUUUAUGUCAUAGAGUUUGGUAAAGGAGAAAGAAAAUUUCCUUAAUAAUUAUUAUUAA